AUGCAUCUCUCUUCACACACUUGGAUGCGUCCGGAAUCCCUUCGCACGACUCUUGCACGACUAAGGAACCUGGGCUAUUCGAGCAUUGAGUUAGCAUGCGAACGCGAGCAGUACCCAAUCGAAGAGACUCGCAAGCUCUUGCAAGAAUAUCAGAUUCGCUGCUGGGGAACCGUUACGAUUCAGACAGGAGACCGCGACCUGACGGCAGCUGACCCCGAGCAGCGCCGCAGAACGAUCAACUACAUGAAGGAUGUCGUUUUGAUGGCCGCAGAGCUUGGAGGAGAGAUCGUCACGGUCGUGCCGGGCAGAGUCGGCAAGAUUGUUCCCUCGGCCUCGCCAGAAGAGGAAUGGCAAUGGGUCGUUGACAGUCUUCGCGAAGUCGCAGCUUUUGCAAAAGAGCGAAACAUUCGCAUUGGCUUGGAGCCUUUGAACCGCUUCGAGACGCACUUUUUGAACCGAACCGAUCAGACACUAAGGCUGACGGAUGAGGUUGGCUUUGACUGCGGGAUCACUUUCGACCCAUUUCAUUUGGCACUCGAGGAGAAAGACCUGUAUGCAGCACUGCGAGCCUGCAAGGGGCGAGUGGUGGACUUCCACGUCGCCGACCACAACCGUCUCGCAGCUGGAGAAGGGAGCUUCGAUUGGCAUAAGAUACUCGCAGUCCUCGCUGAGACCGGCUAUGAUGGUGCUCUCGCGUUCGAAGCUUCGCCUCCGAUUGAUCGUUCGCCUGUGGGCAACUUUGGAAAGGAUCAGAUCGAGUCUGGUGAUAUUGAUGUUCCUCCUGCGCAGUUGCAGUUCAUUAUCGACCAUGGAUCUGGUGUUUUGUCGGAUGAGUACUAUACGGGUCUAUUGAGACGGACUGCGGAGACUUUGAGAGGAGUUCCUGGUUGCUUGUCAUAA